UACUCGUUCCCGCCGUCGGAUUCAUGGUCAUGGAGGAAGUACGGGCAGAAGCCCAUCAAAGGCUCCCCUAAUCCCAGGAGUUACUACAGGUGCAGUAGCUGCAAGGGUUGCCCGGCGAGGAAGCAGGUGGAGUGCAGCCGCCUGGACCCCACCAAGCUCAUCGUCACCUACUCCUUCGACCACAACCACCUCUGUCCCCUCCCCAGGAACGGCAGCCGCCACCAGAACCGCCUACCUCCUCCGGCGCCGCCCCCCAUAGAGGAGCCAGCGCCGCCAGCUCAGUCAGGCUUCAGACCGCUCGAGUCCACGCCCGAGCAGGAGGCGAAGUACCCCGUCGUGAUCGGGAAGAACGAGCCGCUGCAGCAGGUCGACGGCGGCCGCCUCCCAUGGUUCUCCGACGUGGCUUCUGCUUCCACUACCUCGGCUGGCUCCGACGAGCUGCUCUACGGCUCCCUCCAUUUCGGUAGCGACGCGGCCACGGGAUCGAUGGCGGGGGAGAGGGAGGCUGGGCUGGGGGAGGAGUCGCUGUUCGCGGGGCUGGGGGAGCUGCCGGAGUACUCAGUGGUGCUCCGCUGGGGACUGACGUCGGGGCACACCGGGUGA